AUGCUCGCCGGUUCACCACCUGGACAAGGUGAAAACUCCAUAUCUGCUUCUGAUCGGGCAAAAGGAUCUGCGCGUCGUCCCACACUACCGUGGCUGAUACGCGCGCUGCAGGCCCGAAAGGUCCCCACCAAGGUUCUUACCUACCCGCCGUCGUGCCACCCGCUUGAAGAAGUCGAGGUUGAAGCCGACUUUUCCAUCAACAUGGUCCGCUGGUUCGAGCAGUUCCUC